AUGGUGUGCACCAAAUUUGGUUUGAACAAUGUAAUCCACCAGGUCCUGUGCGAACAAUAUGGUCAAGGACCGGAUGCUCUGUUCAGACUCCCAAAACAUUGCGUGUUUUAUUAUGCAUGGUUUGAUUUGGGUAUUUCGAAAUUGGUCUUUGAGGAUAAGCAUUUUGGAAAACCUGCAAAUCAAAUUUGGGUGAUCUUGAAGGUGAAAUCUGCAGAGGAUAUCGAAUUCCGCAAAUCAAAAUCAGGUGCUAUUGGUCCUGGCUGCAUCAUUGAACAAGGUGUUAGACUCAAAAGCUGCACAGUAAUGCGAGGAGUGAGGGUUAAGAAGCAUGCCUGUAUAUCCAGCAGUAUUAUUGGGUGGCAUUCCACUGUUGGUCAAUGGGCUCGAGUGGAUAACAUGACCAUCCUCGGAGAAGAUGUCCAUGUAUGCGAUGAAAUUUACAGCAAUGGUGGUGUUGUUUUGCCCCACAAGGAGAUCAAGUCAAAUAUUCUGAAGCCAGAAAUUGUCAUGUGA